CCCCGCAACCGCAAUGCGGGCAAGUGUCACUGUCGCCCCUCCGCUCCCCUUCGCCCUCCCCUGCAGGCACAGGCUCCCUGGGGCAAGGAGGACGGAAAAAGGUCUCUCACUUUCCCCUACGCCCCCCACCUCUCACCCGCAGCCUCCGCGUCUGCGCAGUCGCGGUUGCUGCGGCACCAACUCUGCAGUGCCAGGACAGGGUCUGGUUGGGGAGGUCCUCAGGUUCUGACUCCUGUUUUCCGGGGAAGCCGGCAGGACCCUGGAACGGGUGGAGAAGAAGACGUCUGCCUUGGAAGUUCCACCUCCUGGGGAGAUGCAGAAUCUCAGGCCUGAGCAACUGCGGGGGCUGCUGGAGCCCGAGAGGACCAAGACGCUGCUGCCUCGGGAGAACAGGGCCUGGGAGAAGCGCGCCUCCAUCACCAAAGACUGGGUGGCCGUGGAGGUUGGGGCCUCCAGCUGUGACACUGACGAGAAAGACCUGUCUUCUCAAGAGACUGGGCGUCCCCAGGAGUGGAGCUCCUUGGAGGAAGACGAUGAGUCAGAGGGCUCCCAGGGCUUUGUGGAGUGGCCAAAAGCUCCACAGCAAACGACCAUCGUCUUGGUUGUAUGUGUCCUUUUUUUGUUCCUGGUUUUAACGGGAAUGCCUAUGAUGUUUCACAUUUAACUAUAAUGGUGGCUAUUGUGUCAAAAUAGAUGCCCAGUGUCAUGUUGGGGAAGUGUCCUGGUUAAAAUUCAGGAAUGGGUAUUGGAUAUUAUCAAAUGCCCUUUAAAACAUCCAUCAAGAUGAUUUUUAUUUUGUAUUUAACCUUUGGCGUGAGGUUUUGUAUUACCAUAUUUCAUGGAACUUAAGACACCAUCGAUUGGAAAACACCUAUUAUUUUAUAUACCACUGAGAAAGUAAAAGACGCUACUUAAUUGUAAGAUGUUACCAACUAUAAGAUGCAUCCUGACCUGCCUUCAGAGAAGGAGAAAAAAACGUGCAAUUUAGGAUGGAUGAAAUCUGGUAGAUUCUUCAUUUCAAGUCAUCUUUGCAUUCUUAGGAUUGUCGUGCACCAGUCCUUUCAGAUACUGAAUUCUGUUUCUUGAUAUUUUGUGUAGGAUUCUCGCCUCUAUUUUCAUAUGCAAGAUUGGUGCUAUCUUUGUCAAGUUUUGGUAUCAUGGCUAAGCUCGCAUCUUAGAAGGACUUGAGUAACUUUUAUCCUUUUCUAUGCUUUUGAAUAGAUUCUCUAGCUUGAGAAGCAUCAACUCCUUGACAUUUUGAAAGAAUUUACCAGUAAUCAGGUCCUAUAUGGAGGGGAAGUUUCAGCUAAUUCUUGCAUGGCUUUCUCAGUUUCUUUCCAUGUUAUCAGCUUAUUAAUAUUUUUCAUUUCAUUAAUUUUGAUGAUUUAUAGUGUUCUUUUAUCCUCUAGAAUAUUCUUUUUAUUGAUCUUUUCAGAUUAUUAGCUUAAUUAUGCAUACUAUUUUAUAAUUAAACAAAAUAUCCUCUUUAUUUUGUCCUAUCGUUCCUUUCGACUUUUGUUUGUGGUUUACCCAUUAUUAGAUUUGUCAAAUGUUUAUCUAUUUUAUUAUUAUUUUUCUGAAGAGCCAGCAUUCAGAUUAAUUUACGUCCAUUAUUUCUCUAGUUUGUAAUCUGUUUUCCUUUAGUGUAGACUGGUUAUUUUUUAGUUAUUUCUUACUUGUCUCAAUUUUUAAGUUGAGUACUUAAUCGAUUUAUAUUCUCUUUUCUACAAAAUUAUUUGCAAUAACAGUAUAGUUAAUAGAUAAAUGUACUUCUGGCUAUAGCCUUGUGCACAUCUUUACGUUUGAUAGUUCAUGUUCUUGUUUAUGUUGUUGUCCAAAUACUAUAUUGUACUGUUUCUAAAGAGUGCUUGGAAACUCAGCGAUCCGGUUUAUUUAAAAAGUUUUCUUUUCUUUACUGCACUGUGAACAGAGAAUGUGGCCUAUAAUAUAUCUGCUUCCAAAACCUUUUUAAAAGCUUUUAUUGUGGACUAGAACAUGUCCUGUGUUUGCACUUGUUUCAUAGACAUUUGAGAUGAAUAUGUAUUUUCUGUCUGUAGAAUUCAAAACUCUACAUGUCCAUUAAUCAUCUCACUCAUGUCAAUUAUGUUGCUCAGAUUCCUGUGUUUUUUAAUUUUGGCCUACCCUGUUUGUCAAAACCCAGUAAGCUUACGUGAAAAUCUGUGAGUGCAAUUGUUUGUCAAUAUAUUUUUAUAAUCCUUGCUUUACAUAUUCCCUACUGUGUAACUUGAUGCAUAUAAGGACAGUACUGUUAUGUCUUUGCGAUCAAAUAACAUAUGUAAACACCAAGCACAGUGCCAGGUAUAGAGUGGCACUCAAUAAAUGUUGGUUAAAACCUGA